AUGGACUUAGAUGCAGCUGGGGAACAUAGAUUGUUACAACUGAAUGAAGUAGAAGAACUUAGACAACAGGCAUAUGACAACUCUAGGCUUUAUAAAGAAAGGACUAAGGCUUGGCAUGAUCGUAGGAUUCGCAUGAAGGAUUUUAAGGUUGGAGAUAAGGUUCUUUUGUUUCUUUCUAAGUUUAAAUUGAAGCAACCUAAGUUAACUUCUAGAUGGACGGGUUCUCAUGUGAUUAAACAUGUGUUCCCAUCAGGCCAUGUAGAACUUUUUAAGUCAAAUGAAGGGUCGUUUAAGGUAAAUGGUCAUAGGGUGAAGUUGUAUCAUGAUGAGGAAAGUGUAGUGGGAGUUAUCAUAGAUGAACUCCCGUUCUUUGAAAGUGACAAAUAG